AGCACGUUUAAAACCCAUCCCGUUAUUUCCCUGCGUGCUGACGUCACUUACCGAAACUCUCACGCGCGUGGCCUUCAGUUCGGACAGCGGUCAGAUCAUCUGUUCGUCAAACCUCAGAAACUCUCACCAUGGGAAACUGUCAUCCAACCGUUUUUCCUUAUGAAGACUUUGACGUAGUUGCCGACAUAAAGGCCAUUCGCAAAGCCUGCAAAGGUUUAGGAACCGAUGAGCAAGCCAUUAUAGACAUCCUAGCCAAUCGAAGUGCGGCUCAGAGACUGGAGAUCAAGCAAGCGUACUUUGACAAAUACGACGACGAACUGGUGGAGGUUUUAAAGAGUGAGCUGUCCGGUAACUUCGAGAAUGCCAUUCUUGCCAUGCUGGACCCGCCUCACGUGUUUGCAGUGAAAGAGCUCAGGAAGGCCAUGAAGGGCGCCGGCACAGACGAGGAUGUCCUGGUGGAGAUGCUGUGCACUGCUACCAAUGCUGAUAUCUUCACGUACAAAGACACCUACGCCCAUGUUCAUGAGAGGGAUUUGGAGGCAGACAUUGAAGCAGACACCAGUGGGGAUGUUAGGAGACUGCUAACAUUGCUUCUCGAGGGCAACAGAGACGAGAGCUACGAGGUGGAUGAAGCGCUGGCGGAGCAAGAUGCGGUGUCUCUGUUUGAAGCAGGAGAGGGAUGCUUUGGCACAGAUGAGUCCACUUUCAGCUACAUUCUGGCCACCAGGAACUACUUGCAACUGCAGGUCACAUUCAAAGCUUAUGAAGCCAUUUCUGGAACAGAGAUUUUGGAUGCAAUCGAUAAGGAAACCUCUGGAACUCUGAAGGACUGCUACACUGCACUCGUGAGGUGUGCUAAGAACCCUCAGCUGUACUUCGCCCGGAAGCUGAAUGCCGCUAUGAAGGGUGCCGGAACCGAUGAAGACACUCUCAUCCGCAUCAUCGUGUGCCGCUCGGAGUUCGAUCUGGAGACCAUUAAGGACAUGUACCUGGAGAAAUACGAUGUGUCUCUAAAAGACGCCAUCAGUUCGGAGUGCGGCGGAGAUUUCAAGCGCCUUCUGCUGGCCAUCCUGCACUAAAAGAAACGACCCAAGUGCUUGCAGGCCAGGAAGGUUUUCAAUAUAGUCACAACUAACAUGACUUAUUCUCCGUGUAUUUGUCUAUAAACACGUUUUGUAUACAGCUCUGUUUAAAUGAAGAAUCGGCAACGCAACCUUCAAGUACGGCAUACGUUUAAUAUGAACGUUUUGUUACGCUGUGCAAAGAUGCACAGCAUUAUUCAGAAACAUGCAUUUGCGUCCGGUUUCUGUGGCAUUCCUUGUACUUGAGACAUAAUUGGCCAGCUGAAUUGGUUUAAGUGGAGUCUUGUGGUUUCCAGGGUUAUGAGAUGAAUAAUACAAAGCCAGCAUUUUUAUUUUCUGUUGUGAUACGCCGGUGUUUUUCCACGCUAAAACCUCACAGCUGUACUGUUUGAAAAACGUGCACGACAAUGUGAAUCUGAACGUUUGUGUGAACGACGUCGUUAAGCAUGUAGAGAAGUGCUUAAAAAAAAUACAAUGUAACAUUUACGGCCUGCGAAAUAAUAAGACUUCCGCAGCUCAUUUGUCCACUUGUGGUAAAAUAUCUGAAUUACUGAAGAAACCGUUUUUACUCACCCAAUUAAUGUUGUUGUAACUAACACACACUGAAGUAUUUAUAUUAUUUGCAUGGGGCAUUUUAAUACAUCUUACAGUAUAUUAAUAUAUCUGUAACAAGAAUGCAGGCAAGAGUUCCCAAAAAGUUAUUUUAUGAGAUUAAUAUAACAAGCAUUGACUAUACGGUGUAGGCACAUGUGACAUGGUAUACAUAAACUUAUAUUAAAAAUGACUUUAAAUGAAUAAACAUAAGAUUGAAUCUGAAGUAGUAUGUUCAGUAUUAAUUCAAUUGCAUUUCCCUGAAUAAAAUAAAGUUCCAGUUCUAAGCUCCUGCAUAACUAGCAA